ACAAGUUCUGUUAACAUGAAGAAAAUGCAAAAGAUGUUACAAAACGCAGCUGAAGAGAAUGUUAGAAGUAUAAGGCAAUAUGUAACAGAGCUCAAAGAACGUGUUGCCAAGCUGCAAUACCAAAAGCAAUUACUUGUCUGCUAGGAAAACAAGGAAAGGUUGCAGAGUACAAGCAAGAAAAGCUUCUUGAGGGGCUUCACUGAGAUGAAAACUAUCAAUGAAACAGGUUGUUUACCAGGAAAUCUAACAGAGGUAGGUAAAAUGUGUUGUCGAUCGGUCUGUUUUUGUUAAUAUCCCUUGACUGUUAGUGUUAUAGUUUUCUUAUAAGUUUAUUGGGAUCCAACUCAUUCCUUACCCUGAUUAAAAUUAGAGAAUGCACCUGGUCGUUGCAUAUGUAUGUGUGCACUUACACCACUCCGAAAAAAACAUAUAAAUACAUAUAGUGUAAUAUCUUGUCUGCUAAACAUUUUUGAUAUAUCGGAGGACAAUGGCGACAGAUGCAAAUUCUGGGUUCAAGAAUUUGAAAGAGACAUUCAUAGUUGACGUGCAGAAGGCAGAAGGAAAAGCCUUAAAUGUCCCUUUGAUUUCCCCUAUUACUGCUGCAACUGUAAGGAUUGAAAAAGUUGGUAAUGUGGCUAUCAGGAUUGAGUUGUUUGAUGGAUGUGUUGGGUGGGGUGAGGCUCCUAUUCUCCCUCCUAUAACUGCCGAGGAUCAGCCGUUGGCUAUGUCAAAGGUUGCGGAAGCAUGUGAAUCUUUGAAGAGGAGUCCUCCUAUGACUCUGGGUUUGGUGUUGGGAAAGGUUGGUAGCAUUCUACAAGGGCAUGCAUUUGCUUCGGUUAGAGCAGGAGUUGAGAUGGCUCUGAUUGAUGCAGUUUCUUAUAGCGUUGGCAAGCCUUUGUGGAGAUUGUUUGGUGGUGUUUCAAACACAAUAACCACAGAUAUGACAAUUCCAAUUGUUUCUUCUGUGGAAGCUGCUCAAUUGGCUUCACAGUUUCGCGAAAAGGGAUUUAAAACCUUGAAGCUUAAGGUGGGUAAGAAUUUGAAAGCAGACAUUGAAGUGCUUCAAGCAAUACGUGCCGCCCACCCUGAUUGCGCGUUUAUCUUAGAUGCUAAUGAAGGUUACACCUCUACUGAAGCUAUUCAGGUUCUUGAGACAUUACAUGAGAUGAAGUUGACUCCAGCUCUUUUUGAACAGCCAGUUCACAAGGAUGAUUGGGAAGGUCUUGGUCGUGUUACUAAGAUUGCAAAAGAAAAAUACGGGGUGUCCAUUGCCGCUGAUGAAAGUUGUCGGGGUUUAGCUGAUUUAAAGAAGAUAGUUGAAGAAAAUCUAGCAGAUGUCAUAAACAUCAAGCUUGCCAAACUAGGGGUACUAGGCGCCCUUGAAGUAAUUGAGUUGGCACUUGCAUCUGGCCUGCAUUUGAUGAUUGGUGGAAUGGUUGAGACUAGAAUUGCAAUGGGCUUUGCUGGUAACCUUGCUGCAGGGCUCGGAUGUUUCAAAUUCAUUGACCUGGAUGCACCACAUCAUUUAUCAGAAGAUCCAGUUGUCAAGGGCUGUGAAGUUUAUGGUCCUGUGUACAGAUUUCCAAAUGCCAGAGGCAGCGGGUGUUUUCUCGAUUGGGACAAUAUUAUGUGAUGUCAGAUUCAGAAGCUAGCAAAGAAUUUUCUGGUGGGACUACUUUUUAGUGUUGCGAGGUUAAAAUGUGGAGGAGUUGUUUUCUUACAAUAAUAACAUAUAUGUAUCAUGUUUCUGGGAAAUAUACAGAGACAGUUUCAUUGAUCUGUGCCUUUCCUGUACCUAUCACAUUUUGAACAAUCUGAAUCUGAUUUAAAUUCUCUCCACUUUUAAAGUGGAA